AUGAAGAUUUCCACCUUAGUUCAAGCAUUGACAAUUGCAUCAACAAGUCUGGCCCUUUUUGGUGGCCACGGCGGUCUUUUUGGCAGCAAGAAUGACCAAGUUUUAUUGGUGAAUGAUGAUGAUUCUGGAUCUCAAUCAUCAAUUGACAAUGAGUUGAGUGAACUUUACCAUCAAAUGGAACAUCCACCCAAAAUCUUGACUCAUGCUUGGAGAGAUAUGCGGGCUAGUUUAUCGCCUUCAAGAAUUUCCCAAUUAUAUAAGCAAUACAAACAGAAGGUGACAUCACCAAUGCGGAAACUGAAAUCAGAGCCAGAGGAUUCGCAAAACUUUGAAAUCUUGUCCAACAACAAGUUUCGUGAUUAUUCAAUGAGAAUUAAGAACACUAAUCCAGAAAUCUUGGGUCUUGAUACUGUGAAACAAUACACUGGAUAUAUUGACGUCGAAAGCAUUGAUCAUCACUACUUUUUCUGGUUUUUCGAGAGUAGAAACGAUCCUAAAAACGAUCCAAUAGUUUUAUGGUUGAAUGGAGGACCAGGUUGUAGUAGUGCUACAGGUUUGUUUUUUGAAUUAGGUCCUUCUUCAAUCAACUCAACAUUGCAACCAGUUCACAAUCCAUACUCUUGGAACUCGAAUGCGUCAGUCAUCUUUUUGGAUCAACCGGUAGGUGUUGGUUAUUCGUAUUCUGGUGGUGAUGAAGUAAGAAACACCGAGACUGCAGCCAAGGAUGUCUAUGUAUUCUUGGAAUUGUUUUUCCAGAAAUUUCCCCAAUUUACUCAAAACAAGUUCCAUAUUGCUGGCGAGUCCUAUGCUGGACAUUACAUUCCAAGAUUUGCUAGCGAAAUUAUCAAUAAUGCUGAUCGUUCAUUUGAAUUGGCAUCAGUUUUGAUUGGUAAUGGUAUUACAGAUCCAUUGAUUCAAGCUGGCGAGUAUAGACCAAUGGCAUGCGGUCAAGGUGGAUACAAACCCGUUUUAACAGAGGAGCAAUGUGAUCAAAUGGAACGCGAUUACCCCAAAUGUGCAACUUUGGCAAAAUUGUGCUACAAAUUUCAAAAUGCUUUUUCAUGUGUUCCAGCCCAGUACUACUGCGACCUCAAACUUUUGCAACCAUAUAUUGAAACAGGUUUAAACCCAUAUGACAUUAGAAAGCCUUGUGCCGAGGAAGGAGGUAACUGUUAUGUGGAGAUGGACUAUGUUGAUGACUAUUUGAACUUGGAUUAUGUCAAGCAAGCGGUUGGUGCGUCCAACAUUGACAUUUUUACCUCAUGUGAUGAUACAGUGUUUAGAAAUUUCAUUUUGGAUGGAGACGAGUUUAAGCCUUUCCAACAAUAUGUUGCCGAAUUGUUGGAUCAUGAUAUCCCCGUUUUGAUUUAUGCUGGUGACAAAGACUAUAUUUGCAAUUGGUUGGGAAAUUACGCAUGGGCGAAUAAGUUGGACUAUCAACACGGCGAAGCCUUUGCAAAUCAACCGUUGAAACCUUGGGUUCCCGCUAAAGCUACAACAUCAUCAGCUGACGACACAUCACCUGAUACUCAAUCGAAAAAGAAGCCAGCUGGUGAAGUCAAAAAUUACAAGAAAUUUACAUUCUUGAGAAUAUAUGAUGCGGGACAUAUGGUUCCAUACGAUCAGCCAAGCAACUCCUUAUCAAUGCUCAAUACUUGGAUCCAAGGUGAUUACACAUUUGGAUACUAG